AUGGCAGACAUCGUGGAAGGGGUUCCCACAGCUCCGGCUGUUCCAUCUUCGUCCGCAGCGCCGUCGACAUCAACGCCUGGCGGGCCCUCCUUUGAGGGAGAGAACAAGUUUCAACAUGCCAUUGCAGCGUGGAGAAAGCUCGAUUUCACCACCUUAACCUCGAACCUCGACAACACGGCAUCGGAGAUCGUGGCGUACCAGCGCGACUCGACGGUCCAGCGCAAGGACCUUGCCCAGAAGACAAAGGACUUUCGCAAGCUAGAUGACCCGACAAAGUUGACCGAGAUCAAGGGCUUGCUCAAAGCCUACCAAAACUUUAUCGACCUCCUCACGAAUCAUUCCAAGUCAGUAAACUCGGCGUUUCUUUCCGCAUACACCUCGUUAUCCAAUGCCCCCGACCCAUACCCCCUGCUCGAAGCCUCGGUCGAUUCGAUGCUCGUUUCGGAAGAGACGCUACCCAAAGUGACAAAAGAGAACGAACACCUCCAAGGAAAUGUUGCCAAGCUCACGACCCAGCUGGAAGAGACCGAGAUCCGCCUCCAAACUGAGAGCACGGCUCGUAAAGAGCUAGAGGACAACCUGGAGACUUGGGUCAAGGAAGUCAAGUCCUCGUGGUCUGCCGUCUUGGAGGAGAAGAAGGACAACUGGGAGGCCAAGGAGAAGAGCCUUGAAGAAAAGGUGGAGAACCAGGAUCGACUGCUGAACGAGCUCCGGGCUAGCUACGAAGUCAACCAGCGACUAGGCAAGGGCAGCGGCGAGGAUCAAGACGCACAGCGCGGCCGGGUCUCGACGGCCGAGCUGGAGAUUUUGAACUCGGACCUCGAGCGCACCGCUGCGCGACUCGCUCAGGUGGAAGCAAGGAAUGAGCAGAUGCGACUAGAGCUGGCGCAGGCUAAGUCUUCCAAUUCGUCCCUCAUCCGGAAGCUAGACGCUGCCAGGAUAGAACGAGAGGGCCAGAAGCGAGAUUUAGACACGAGACUACGAGCUAUGGAGAGAGAAACGGCACUGCUGAAGGAGGAGAGGGAGACGCUCGAGGCCAAGGUGCAGAAGUGGAGCGACUACGAAGACGUCAAGCAGGAGCUCGAGGUUCUCAAGAGCAUCGAGUUCUCGACAGGCGACGAUGACGACAAGAUGCUCUUGACACGCAACAAGAAACUGGGCGACGAGCUCACGAUCCUACGCGUGUCUCGUCUGGACCUGCAGACGCGGCUGGAGGACCUGCAAGAGGAGCUAUCGAGGACCAACGCUGAGCUCGAAAGGUCCCAGAACCUCAACGAGAAGCUCGAGAGCGACCUCGAGAACCUCCAGGCGGAGGGGACCAACGCGUUCCCGUCAGGCGCGUCCGUGGCGGGCACUUAUGUUACCAGGGCGGCUAGACGCAAGGGCCGGAUCUCCCCAACGUCGUCCAUCAUCAGUGGCAUGGAUCCGCGCAGCGCGCCUGAGCGGGAGCCGAUGGGCGGCGGCUCAGGCAUCCUCCCCAUGGUCACAGCACAGCGUGAUCGGUUCAAGAAGAAGAAUGCCGAGUUGGAGCAAGACCUGUCGGACCAGUAUCGCACGGUGCAGCAGCUGAGGCAGGAGACGUACAACCGGGGCGGCGGGGCGACAUUGUCGUCAACGUCGGCGUACUCGGCCAACCCCAACCCCUCGACGGUAACGAUAGGGGGCACGGGGAACCCAGGGAUCGAGAUGGACCGGUAUAGGCAGGCGUACGAGUCCAACCUCUUUCCCUUUGCGGCGUUCCGGGGACGGGAAUCCGCGCCGGCCUACCGACGCAUGAGCCUCCCCGAGAGGAUGGUGUACUCGGUCACGAGGAUGGUGCAGGCAUCACGGACGAGCAGGAACCUCUUUGCCGUGUACUGCGUGGCGCUCCACGUCUUGGUCUUCUUCUCGCUGUACUGGCUCGGGUCAGCAGACUUUGAGAAGCACGCGAGCAACUAG